AUGGUGGUGCAUCAGGGCUCGGACGAAUUGGCCGAGGCCAAGGAGGUUGAUGGACUCACCCGCAUCCGAACAACCGCCGAUAAGGAGUCUUUCCACACAUACAGCAUUGUCCUCGAGUGCUCCAUCCGAGGAGACAAGGUCGAUCUCUCGGUCAAUUACGACCAGCGCGUCAUUGAGCAAGCCCAGAUGGCCCGCGUGCUGGCGCAUUUGAAGUCGGUUCUCCAUCGCCUACAGACUGGGAACCUCGACCAAGCAGUCUCGCGGGUCAAUGCGCUGAGCAAAGACGAUGUGCUCACCAUUGAAGCUUGGAAUGCGGAGCCACCUCGACGAGUGGACCAGUGCGUUCAUCACGCCAUCACCGUUCAGGCAAAGCAGAAGCCUCAAGCCAUCGCCAUCCACGGCUGGGACGGCAAAUUCACCUAUUCCCAGCUGGAUGAGCUGACCAAUCGUCUCGCUGCCCACCUAGUCAAGCUUGGGGUAUGUGCGGAGCAAAUGGUCCCAAUCUGCAUGGAGAAAUCGGUCUGGGCCACGGUGGCCAUGAUCGCGGUCUGGAAGGCGGGCGGAGCCUAUGUGGCUCUAAGCCCUGAAUACCCCGUUGCUCGCCGAGAAGCGAUGAUGAGCCAGCUGGAUGCUCAGGUUCUCGUCGUGUCGCCUGCCACGCGCGCGUCCGCCGGUGUGGAUGCACUACACAUGGUGCAAGUCUCUGCCAGUCUGCUGGAAGAGCUCAAGUAUACCCCGUCCGAAGUCGACCUCGCCAACCGCUGUAGCCCCGAGAACCUUGCCUACAUCAUUUUCACCUCAGGCAGCACGGGUGUCCCCAAGGGUGUGAUGAUCGACCAUGCGGCGGCGAGCUCGAGUAUCGCUGCUCACGGGGCCCGAAUGCACUUCAGUGCUGAGACGAGGGCCCUCCAAUUCGCGCCGUACCACUUCGACGCGUGCAUUGCCGAGAUCUUCACAACGCUCGUGCACGGAGGCUGUGUCUGCGUGCCUUCGGACGAAGACCGGAGCCCCGAGAUUGUUCAUUUCAUGAAUGAGUACCAGACCAACUGGGCCUUUUUCACGCCGUCUUUCGUCCGCGUCGUUCAGCCAUCGCGAGUCCACUCGCUGACAACCCUAGUUCUCGGUGGCGAAGCGCUUCAGAGAGAUAACAUCGAGGCCUGGGCCGGGUACACCAACCUGAUGAAUGGUUACGGGCCUACCGAGACUUGCGUGUUCUGCGUCACCAGAGACAUCCUUCCUACGACCGCUCCAACCGAAGAAAAACUGGGAUUCCCAGUAGGCUCGAUUGGCUGGAUCGCCGACGAAAGCAACCCCGACCAGCUGGCGCCGAUUGGCACUGUAGGUGAGUUGCUGGUCGAGGGACCGACGCUGGCUCGGGGCUAUCUCCACGACGAGCACAAGACGGCGGCCAGCUUCAUUAUCAACCCUAGCUGGUCUGUGGCUAAUGCCGGUCCGAGCAUUACACGUCGCAUGUACCGCACUGGUGACCUUGUUCGAUACUCUGACGACGGGUCGAUCAACUACGUGGGCCGCGCCGAUAGCCAGAUCAAGCUAUAUGGCCAGCGCAUGGAGAUUGGCGAAGUCGAAGGCCACCUGCUCGCUGACCCUGCCAUCCACAGUGCGCUUGUCCUUGUUCCCAAGCUCGGGCUGUGUGCCGAUCGACUCGUGACCGUUGUUUCACUCGCCGAUGCCCGUGUUCGCGCCGCUGGAUCUCCUCUGGAAUUGGUCGAGACUGUCGAUGCACAUUCCACCAGAGGAACUCGCGAGAGACUCGCACACAACUUGCCUCCCUACAUGGUCCCCACCGUCUGGCUCGUGGUCAAGGACAUUCCGAUGAACGCCUCUGACAAGCUCGAUCGUGCGGCCGUCUCUCGCUGGAUCCACGACCUCGACCAGGACACCUACGAAUCGACCUUAUCGGUGGGAUCCGAGGAUGCUGAUUUUGCAGCGAAGACAUCAGUGGAGGAGUCCCUCCAGAGCAUCGUCGGGCGCGUCCUCAACCUCUCACCUAGCCAGGUUCCGCUCAACAAAUCGUUCAUCAGCUUGGGAGGAGACUCGAUUACCGCCAUGCAGGUGCUAUCCAGCUGCAAGGCCACAGGAAUCUCCGUCCGCAUGGGUGACAUCCUCCAGUCGUCUGGUAUCCACGAGCUCUGCAAGUCUGCUCGCGUCCGCAACACAACGACAAUGGCGGUCUCGGAGGAGGUUGACAAGCCCUUCAGCCUAUCGCCCAUACAAUCAUUCUUCUUCCAGCUACCGGUGGCCCGGUUAUCCCACUUCAACCAGAGCUUUUUUGUGCGACUAGCGCACCCAGUUGAUACGGAUUGCCUGGCAUCCGCCGUGCGAGCUGUCGUGCACCAUCACUCCAUGCUCCGCGCCCGAUUCACCAAGUCUCAAGGGCAAUGGUCACAGAUGGUCUCUAGCAAUAUUGAUGCCUCGUACCGUCUUACGCAUCACGCACCCGUGCGGCCGGAGGCGGUGGAGCCGAUUCUCGCUGCCGCACAGCAAGCGUUCGACCUUGAGCAGGGUCCACUCUUCGCUGUGGACCUCAUUCAGGUGUCUGGACAGGAUCAACCACUGUUGUUUCUCGCGGCGCACCACCUCGUCGUCGAUCUCGUAUCAUGGCGUGUGAUCCUGGCGGACCUCGAGGAGGCUCUGCUGAACGGGCAGAUCACCGCUCCGGCUCCGCUCCCCUUCCAGCACUGGGUCAAACUGCAGGCUGAGUAUGCUGCCCAUAACCUAUCGCCCAGCCAAAUUAGCCACGGCAUCACUCCUGCGGCGGACUACUCGUACUGGGGCAUGGCCAACACUGCGAACAUCGUGCGGGACACGGCCAAGGAAAGUAUGCUGCUGGACGCGGAGAGCACGUCGAACCUGCUGCACAUGAGCGAUAAUGCGUUCCGGGCAGAGCCUGUGGACGUCCUGAUGGCGGCUAUCCUACACGCUUUCGUUCAAGAAUUCCCCACUCGCGAUGCCCCUGCCUUGUUCACCGAAGGCCACGGCCGCCAGCCCUGGGACGAAGAGAUCGACCUCAGCCGCACCGUCGGGUGGUUCACCACCAUGACCCCUGUGCAUGUUGCCAAGGGAGACCUGGCGACAGCCAUCGAGUCCAUUCGCCAAGUCAAAGAGGCUCGCAGUAGGCUCUCGCGCCACGGGUGGUCUUAUUUCACCUCUCGAUUCGCCAACGACGCAGGCAUCGAAGCUUUUGCAGCAUACUGGCCGAUGGAGCUCACCUUCAACUACCUGGGCCAGUAUCAGCAGCUGGAGGCCGUCGAUGCAUUCUUCAAGGAUGAACCACGCCAGGUCACCGAGGCGUCUUCAGACAUCGACCCGGACUUCCCUCGCUUCGCGCUCAUCGAACUGUCUGCGGUGGUGGUCCAGGGCCAUCUGCGGCUGGAUGUCGCCUUCAACCAACGCAUGAAGCACCAGGAUCAGAUUCGCCACUUUGCAUCGAGGUCCAUCCAGGUCCUCAAGGCGAUUGCCGAUGCCCUCCCACGCCUCAGCCCCAAGGCGUCCAUCGGCGACUAUCCACUGCUCUCCGCCAGGGAGAACGGGCUGGAGGUCCUCCACGCAUUGAUCCCGCAGCUGGGCCUGAGCUCGAUUGCAGAGAUCGAGGAUGUUUACCCUUGCUCGCCGAUGCAGCAAGGUCUGCUGAUCGGCCAACUGCGGAUGAAGGGCUCCUACGAGGUCGAGUUCCUGUUCGAGGUGGAAAGUACCAACGAGCCAAAAGUAGACGUCGAGAAACUCCUCGAUGCAUGGCAGCAGGUCGUGCAGAGGCAUGCGGUCCUACGCACCGUGUUUGUGACCGGCCUCGCAGACAACGCCGCAUUCUCGCAGGUCGUGCUCAAGGUGGCGAGCCCGCGAACACAGCGGAUCCAAUGCAGCGAUGACCGGGCGAUGCACCUCCUGCAGUCAACUCCCAGGAUCGACCAUGAAGAGUUACGUCCUGCACAUCAGCUGCUGAUCGUUGAAGGAGACCGCAAUCGGGUUCUUUGUCGCUUCGAGGUCAACCACGCCCUCAUGGAUGCCGUCUCCAUGGGGGUCACCUUGCAGGACCUUGGUGCCGCGUAUCGUGGGCUGCUGCCUUCUGGUACAGGGCCCCUAUACUCCGCCUUCGUCAAGCACAUCCACGAGAUGCCCACGGAGGAGGCCCUCUCGUACUGGACGGGGUACCUUGCCGGAGCACCGCCAUGCAUUCUGCCUUCGCACACGGGCACCUCUGACGAAGCAAACCAGCUGCACUCGGUCCGAUUCAACGUGUCUCCAGCCUCGACGCGCAGCCUCCGGGCCUUCUGCGAGAGGCACAGCGUCACGAUGCCCAACCUGUUCCAAGCGGUCUGGGGCCUGGUUCUCAGGCUCUUCGUAGCAACCGACGACGUGUGCUUCGGAUACAUGCUCUCCGGUCGCGAAUCACCCAUCGACGGUAUUCACGACGCGAUCGGCCCCUUUGUGAGCAUGAGCGUGUCUCGCUUGCACAUCGCCGCCACCCAGUCAGUCGCAUUCCUCGCCCAGAAAGCCCGCGAUGACUACAGCGCCGCCCUGCAACAUCAGAACUGCUCCCUGGCCGAGGUGCAGCACGCUCUCCGCAAUUCUGGAGAGCGACUGUUCAAUACGAUGAUGUCGGUGCAACGGGCGGCGGCGGAGACGAGCAACCAGCAUGGUCUGGCCAUCACGCACAUCGGCAACCACGACCCGACAGAGUACGAGAUGGCCGUCAAUGUUUCCCUCUCCGACGAUGCUACCCAGGUUCAGUUGAACCACUACACGGGCCGGAUCUCUAGUUGGCAAGCCGAAAACGUGGCCGAUACCUUCCACGCCCUCCUCCGUCGGGUUGAAGAGCACGGCGAUCAGUCUAUUGCGGCGUUCAAUGCCCUGAGUCCUCGCAACGAGCUGCACCUGAAGGAGUGGAAUGCAGAGGUCCCCCGGGCCAGACAAGAAUGUAUCCACAAGCUCGUCGAGGCUCAAGCAGCCAUACAACCGGAGGCCCGGGCAGUCCACGCGGGGGACGCCGCCUUCACCUACGAGCAGCUCGACGAGCUCUCGACACGUCUUUCCCUGUACCUGACCUACAUGGGCGUUGACGCCGGCAGCAUUGUUCCUCUCUGCUUUGAAAAAUCCGCAUGGACAAUCGUCGCGAUGCUCGCAGUGCUGAAAGUCGGCGCAGCCUUUGUGUGUCUUGAUCCAGCCCAUCCCAGCGAGCGCCAUAAGAAAAUCGUCCUCGACAUUGAGUCGUCGCUCAUUCUUGCCUCUGCCACGCAAACGGAAAGGGCAAGUUCCCUGGCCGACGAUACGAUUACGGUCGAUCGAAAAUUCCUCGACUCUCUUCCCCAAGUGAACAAGAAGAUCCUGGAACGCGCCCAUCGCAGCAACCGAUCGCAGCCGUCGGAGCCUGCGGUCAUUAUUUACACCUCUGGAAGUACCGGCGAGCCGAAAGGAGUGGUGCUGAGCCAUUCCAAUCUCGCAACGAGCAUGCAUGCCCACGGGGAAGCUCUGCGAAUCAGCACAGAGUCACGGGUCCUUCAAUUUGCAGCCUACGUUUUCGACAUCAGCAUCCACGACAUCUUCACCUCGCUCACCCGGGGCGCCUGUAUCUGUGUUCCUUCCGACGACCAGAGAGUGAACGAGCUCGAGCUGGUAAUGCAGCAGAUGGAAGUCAACUACGCCUGCAUUACGCCCACUGUUGCCCGCCUUUUGCAACCAAGUGCUCUGCCGAGUUUGAAGACGCUGGUGCUGGCCGGGGAGGCCAUCACGCAAGAGACCCUCGACGUUUGGGGCAACAGCCACCUCACCAGCUUCCACAACUGCUACGGGCCCGCUGAAUGUACGAUAUUCUGCGCCUGGAAUGGAAACGUCGGCACCGCUGGUAUGCAUCCCGCAAACAUCGGCCGUGGACUGGCCAGUCGUCUCUGGGUUGUCGACCCCGAGAACCAGGACCACCUCAUGCCGAUCGGAUGCAUCGGAGAGCUUGCCGUUGGCGGACCACUUGUGUCCCAGGGAUAUCUGCACGACGAAGCCAAAACCACUCGUGCCUUCAUUACAGACCCGGUUUGGUCUGCCACCCCCGGCGACCGACUGUACAAGACGGGCGAUCUCGUUCGCUACAACCAGGACGGAUCGCUCGACUACCUGGGCAGAAAGGACACCCAGGUCAAGAUCCACGGCCAGCGCGUUGAACUAGGUGAGAUUGAAGCACAGAUCAGAGCAGCGUCGCUCUUGAUCCGCGAGGUUGCCGUCGACGCAGUGUCGCCUCGCGAUCGCGCGGCUCCUACUAGGCUGGCCGCGUUUGUGUGUUUUACAGAGGACGUCACCGCUCAGGACCAUGCCAACGAAGAUGAAAUUGCUCCCCUGAGCGACAGGCAGCGGGCUAUCGUUGCGGAAGUGCUGGCAGCUCUCUCCCAGGCCCUUCCUCAGCACAUGUUGCCCUCGGCCGUAAUCCCCGUCCGCGAGAUGCCCCUGAAUCUCUCAAGAAAGAUCGACCGUUCCCGUCUCCGACAAAUGGGCUCCUCUCUGUCGCUGGAAGAACUCGCGCUCUUCGGUCCUGGUCAAGCGGAGGAGAAGGAGGCACCCACAAACCCCGCCGAGGAGCAGCUGCGCACCUUGUGGGCUGAUGUCCUUGGUCUCCCCGGCUGCCUCCAUCGGGAGAACCGACAACUUCUUCCGACUCGGAGGCGAUUCGAUUGA